AUGUCAAGACUUUUAUUUCAUUCAAAAAAUUUAGUAUCCAAAAACCAACAACUUAUCAAACAACGAAAUGAUGAAAUUAUUAUGGACAAAGUCACUGCUUUAUAUGAAAAUGUCGAUGCUUUAUCACAGGUCGAAUUUUAUGCAGUAACCGAAAUUUGCGCCUUGCCAAGGUACAUGAACCUUGCAUUAUUUAGAGCAAUGGAACAAAAUGAUGUUAUCACACUGGAGCAAUUUAAAGAAAAUUGGGACCUAUUGACAAAAGACUAUGAUUACAGUGACCCAGACUCAUUAAUAUAUCACAUCCUGAAGAAGCCAGAGUUCAACUGUAUCACACCUGAUGAUUUUUUACCCGUUUUAGAAGAUAUCGUAUUGAACCACCCUGCAUUACAAUUUCUUGAGAAUAAUGUUACUUUUCAAGAACGAUACAUUGAAACUGUCAUUUGUAGAAUAUUCUAUGACGCACAGUGUCCCACUGGCAAAUUAACUUUGAAGCAAUACUGUAAAACCAAUUUCUCAUCCAUUUUAAAAUCAUUGGAUCCAACCAUUGAUUUAUAUGCCAUUCACAACAUAUUUUCUUACAAACAAUUCUAUGUAUUAUACUGUAAAUUAUGGUCCCUGGAUACAGACCAUGACUUAUCGAUAUCCGAAAGUGAUCUAUCCAAUUAUAACAUGGGCACUUUGACAGGUUUAACCGUCGAAAGGAUCAUGGAAAAUGGUCGCAUUGCUGCAUUCACAGACUCACAAACAAGAACAGAGGAGAAUGACCUUGACGAUAAUGUGCCAUACUUGACCUAUUUCGACUUUAUUUGGUUUUUCCUAUCCGAGAUCGAUAAAAGUACGCCUUUAGCUAUCGUUUACUGGUUUAGAUGUCUGGAUGUAGAUGGCGAUGGUGUACUAUCCGCUUAUGAACUUUACAAGUUUUGGCAAGAUCAAGACACUAAACAAAAUUUUUUUGGCAACCCCCAAGUAGAUGGCACAAUUCAGUUUGAAGAUAUUAUACGCCAAAUGAAUGACUUGAUUCAACCUGAUGUGCCAGGACAAUUCUCUCUAAAAGAUUUGAGAAAGAAUGGCUAUUUAGCAGAACGGUUUUUCGAUACAUUUAUCAAUUACGAUCGAUUCCAAGUACAUGAAGCGCAUCAAGAAGGCUCUAUUCGCCAACAAAAACUCUACGAACAAAAACAAUGGCAAGAAAAUGAAACACCCUAUGAUUCUACCAUCUUAAAGGACGAUUUAGGAUUUCCAGUGUUAUGUCAUUGGAAUGAUUAUGCGGACAUAGAAUAUACACGUAUCAUUGCAGAUGAGAAUUAUGCAAACUCAUACGAAGAUGACCAAGAAGACGACUCUUUAAUGGGCUGUCAAUUGGGAGAGGAUGACGGAGACGACGAAGGAAUUAUCAUGAUUCCUUGUAUAGACAAACAAGACUUUAUCACAGAGACAUCCAGUGGCGAUGAUGAAAAUGGAUUAAGUGAUACCCUAUCUAUUUCUUCAACUACCUCUUCCAGAUCAGAAGCAAAUACCCCAGAUUUACAUGAUGCAGAUUACUUGCAAGAAACUACCUCAGAAUCCGAAAUCACGCAAGAUGAUGCAUUGAAUUCUUCCUUGUAUAACUUGGGAAAAAACUCUCUGGGUCUCUCUGCUGAUUUAUCCGAUUGUUUACAUCAACAUAUUAAUAACUAA